UCUUGUUGACGGAAGUAAAUAAUGUAGCUACAGUAGGAAGCGAACGACUUGCAUUCGCAUAUUCAAAUCUAAUUCAAUAACAAGAUAGAAAGAUUAGAUAAAUGUAGGUGUAUGUUGUCUGACACGGAAUGGCAUUAUAUACUGUAGGACUAACAUACAUUUUUUGUUUGGUUUUAUCUAGCUAGCAUCAUGAAGUUGGCAAGCUAAAUGGCUUGCUAGCAGCUUUGGUAAGUUGUAAGUAGGUCGUGUAGUAACGUAAUUUCUGCAAGCACAAUAGCUAUGGAAGGAGUUCUCUACAAGUGGACAAACUACAUGACAGGGUGGCAGCCGCGCUGGUUUGUUUUAGAUGAUGGAAUCCUUUCUUACUAUGACUCUCAAGAUGAUGUAUGCAAAGGGAGCAAAGGAAGUAUUAAGAUGUCCGUCUGUGAAAUCAAAGUUCAUCCGACAGACAAUACGAGACUGGAACUGAUCAUACCAGGAGAGCAGCAUUUUUACGUCAAAGCCGUCAAUGCUGCCGAACGACAGAUGUGGCUUGUGGCUCUUGGAAGUUCCAAAGCUGGCCUUGCAGACACAAGGGCCAAGAAAGAAAAAGAAAUAACAGAGACGACAGAAUCUUUGAAAACUAAGAUGUCGGAACUGCGCCUCUACUGUGAUUUGCUAAUGCAGCAAGUCCACACGAUACAGGAGUCUGUGGACCAUGAGGACCAGGAUGGAGAUUCCAAUUCAGAGAGUCUGAAUGAGGCCUCCUCUUUGCUGAGUGCCACAUGUAACACCUUCAUCAAAACACUGGAAGAAUGUAUGAAGAUCGCAAACUCGAAGUUCAAGACGGACCCAGUGUUGGUGAACCCACCGGACGACAUGAUGACGUCCCCGGUUUCUCCGUCUCCAGUACAGAUGGCCCGGAUGAAGCGGUCCAUUAGUCACCCGGGCAGCUACAAUUUUGACAGGUCUGGCCUCCUGCCAAAGGAUUGUAUGUCAUCAGGUCAGAGAUCCAUCCAGAGGCGAACACGAACUUGUUCGGACACAGAGGCUCACAGUGACGGCUUUGUUAAUGAGAUGGAUCGCCCUGCAGUGCCGUGUCUCCAUGCCAGUGUGAACGGGGAUUCCUCACGCAGUAUCCCAGAGGAGACUGGCCCCGCCAGUCCUAGAAUCACGUCAGACAUGGAGACCGACCUGUCCAUCUAAGUGGUCUUGUCAUUCACCAACUACAUUGCAUUGGCAUCAGAUUAAGAAGGACUGGGCACUGUUUUACAAACCUUCACAGGAAUAUAUCUGAAUGGUUCGUUAGAAAAGUCUUACGAAUAUUGGCACCCAAUGAACUAUCUGAUAGACAGUUUUUUUCUUUGAUUGUUUGAUAUUUUCUUUAGAAGUGUUUUGUAAAUUCAGGCCCUGGAGUAGUCUAGUGUCAAGUAAUUGGCCUGCCAGAUCCAUAAGCCAUUGGAGGCCUGUAGGGAUAGUACUAUUUUUAUGAAGAAUUAAUAUUAGCUUGGCUAAAGUGUGAACAGUGGCGAAUGCUGCGGAGCUGUAUGUAAUCAUAAUACUUACGUUACUCCAUUAAAGUUACACUGAUAUGAAGCAACUGUAAUGUAAUGUUACCAGUGUCUUGUUCAUUAGGUAAAAUAUUUUAUAAUCUUCCAUUUUGGUCCCUAAUGAACAAAUCCCAGGUUUCAUUACUGACACAGCAAUGCAGUUAACUGCUUGGCAUUGCGUUUAUGGUAUUUUCAAAAGUAUUAUAUUAUUUCCUGUGAAAUAAUUUCUUUGCACUUUAAGAGUUGUGGAUAAAAACAAAGUCAUUUUUGAAUGUUUUUACUGUUCAAGAAACUUUUAAGUUCUUAAUUUUGCAUAUACAUUUGGUUUCUUUGAGAUACAAUGUUAAUGCUCAUUCACUGUAAAAAUUGUGUUAUGUGACACAGUGGGACACAUUUACCAAAACCCUUAAAUGUGAGGGUUGCUAACUGCACCAAGGACCAAUUAAAAUGUAUGUAAUGAUGAUGGGCAAGUUUGUUUUGCAUCGCUUGUUACCUGAGUUACUUUGUUUUAGACCAUUGGGCCUAAAGUGAAAUCUCCCACCCAAGUUGCAGGGCGAUUUAAAACAUACCUGUUCACUGUCUUAAACUUGGCCAACCCCCAGUGUUCACUGUAUUUGUGAAAUUUUUGUCAUUUGUUCAUGUUAUCAUGUUUGUCACUGACAAUGUCCACCAAAAAAUUGUCUAUGCCUUAACAGAGAUUUGCAAGAAGUUCUGUAACUGUGUCAUAUGAUGUUAAUGUUUGAAAUGUAAAGAUCAUGUCUUAAAACUUUUAAUUAGUGCAGUCACAUUUUGACUAGUAUAUUGCAACUAAAAUACAGAAUUUCUUUUCAUAGUGCUAAAUAAUUGUGCAAAAACCCUAUACAUAACUGAUAAGUGGUUUCAUUUGAAACUUUGCUUUAACUAUAUUGAUUUAAAGUUAAAGCGUGACGAUUUACUUCUCUGUUUUUUUCAAUUGCUACCAUUUUGUAAUUUUGUAUUUCACUCAUUGUAAUCUGAUGUGCCCAGUCAUUUUAUUGAAAUUGCCUAUAUGUCAAUUGAACAACACAUUUGUAGGAGCCUGUUAGAAACACUUUUGGAGGAACGUUUCAAAAUAAACCUCCCACAAUAUUUG